AGGGCUGUCGCAGGGUGUGCAGAGGUGUGCAGGACCUGAGGGUUGUUCAGAGGAUCCUAAGAAAAGGAGGAAAAAUGAUAGCCACACCCCGUGCUGAUCCCAGAGGUGGGAGGGUACAUAGGUCUACAGCUUGUUUUAGAAACACACACACACACACACAUGCACACACACACAUACACACACAAAUGCACCCCUUGCCAAACCUGCAUAAGCUCUGUGGCCUGUGUGCACCUCAGUUUCUCAGUCUGCUCUCAUACCUUAGUUCUGCAAGAUGUGCCACUAGGGAGAAGAGGGGAAGAAGGGACCUGGUCCUCUCUGUCCCCCACUCACCCCACAGUUACAGAAUUGCUUCAAAGCAAGAUGUAAAAGUAUAAAUCCAAAUACCAAGCAAAAGCCCCUCAAAGGGGCCUGAUGCAGUGACCCGGGCCUGAAGUCUGAGCUUCGUGGGCUUGCGGGGGAACCUGCCUCUCACUAGCCCGCUGAUUUUCAUCAAGAAAACCCCCAGCACCAUCCCAACACACAAACCUCCAAACCCAGGAGCCUACACUGUCAGGAAUCCCAGCCAUCCCCGGCACUCGAGGGCCCAAGGGGCACAAGGGAGAACCUGGCACACCUGGCCAUCCCGGGAAAAAUGGCCCCAUGGGAGCCCCUGGGAUGCCGGGCAACCCCGGGCCCAGAGGCCCCCCCGGGAUGCCGGGCGAGGAGGGUAGAUACAAGCAGAAGCACCAGUCCGUGUUCACAGUCGCCCGGCAGACGGAACAGCACCCUACAGCCAACGGCCUGGUCAGGUUCAACGCAGCCAUCACCAACCCGCAGGGAGAUUAUGACAGGGACUCGGGCAGGUUCACCUGCCAGGUGCCGGGCCUGUAUUACUUCAUCUACCACACCUCGCUGACAGAAAACCUGUGCGUGCAGCUGUACCACGACAACGUCAAGGUGACCACCUUCUGCGAGCACGUGCUGCAGGGCAACAGUCAGGACAGCAAGCAGGUCACCUCGGGCGGCGUGGUACUGCACCUGCAACAGGGCGCGCAGGUGUGGCUGGGCGUCAACGAUUACAAUGGCAUGGUGGGCACCCAGGGCUCCGACAGUGUCUUCUCGGGCUUCCUGCUCUUCCCUGACUAGGGUGCUGCAGCCCCGGGGCCACCCCGCCUCUCUCGGCUUCCCCCAUUUUCUCUCAGCCCUUCUCCCCACCUGAUGGACUCCUCCUCCAGGAAGCCCUCGAGUCCUCUCCCUCCUGUACGCUCCUUCUGGAUCACUGUUGCACCAUCCCUGUGACCCUUAACCAAUACCUUCUUAACCAAUACCUUCUGGGACUGUUAUUCAUUUAUCUCAAGUCUGUGACGAGGCGGGAAGAAAUGUGAAUAAAUAACUAUUUCAGUAAA